UCUGGUUCGGUCCAAAAUGGCGCCUGCAGCGUCCAUCGUCCUGCUCUCUGCUGAGUGCUGCUGAGGCAGAGACUUCCUGGGGAGGCUACGUGACGUCUGCUGCGCGACCCGCUGACGUCACAUGCACAGAAGGAGAGGGGAGGGGCAGUGAGUUCUGGAAUCGGUUUGACAUCUUGCUGUGUUAACAACAACAAAGCCUGGGAAGGCAUGGGGCUGACGUGAACGGUAAUAGAGUGCGAAGAUCCCUGUGGAAAAACAUUGCUCUCACUGUUGUGGGGCAAGAGAUUCGGAGUGAUGGAAGACGAGCAAGCGCGUUACAGUCGGAGACUGAGACACACGCUCCGUAGAAAAUAUGAAGAUGAUGGCAUUUCAGAUGAGGAAAUUGAGGGCAAGAGAACAUUUGACUUAGAGGAGAAGCUGCGCAGCCCCAAGUACAACUCUAACUUCAUCAUCUACAUGGAUGGCAAAGACUUUAACAUGCGAUACAUUCAGAAGUGUGGACUCAGGGACCCACUUAUAUUCAAAAGCUCUGAAGGGCUCGGCAUCGGAAUGCCAGACCCCAACUUCAGUGUGAAUGAUGUCAAGUUAUUUGUAGGUAGCAAGCGUAUUGUGGAUGUUAUGGACGUUGGCACCCAAAAAGGAAUAGAGAUGACCAUGGCACAGUGGGCAAAAUACUAUGAAACGCCUGAUGAAGAGAGAGAGAAACUGUACAAUGUCAUAAGCCUUGAGUUCAGCCAUACCAAGCUGGAAAACUUGGUUCAAAGGCCAGCCACGGUAGAUCAAAUAGAUUGGGUUGAUAACAUCUGGCCCAGACACUUAAAAGAGCGGCAGACUGAAUCCACAAACUCCAUACAGGAAAUGCAGUACCCCAAAGUACAGAAGUACUGCCUUAUGAGUGUAAGGGGCUGUUACACUGAUUUCCAUGUAGACUUUGGAGGUACUUCUGUAUGGUACCACAUCCUGCGAGGAGGCAAGGUCUUCUGGCUGAUACCACCUACGGACCAGAAUCUAGAAAUGUAUGAGAAUUGGCUGCUUUCUGGGAAACAAGGGGACAUCUUUCUUGGGGACAGAGUAACAGACUGUCAGUGUGUUGAACUAAAGCAAGGCUACACAUUUGUUAUCCCUUCAGGGUGGAUCCAUGCUGUGUACACUCCUCAGGAUACUCUAGUUUUUGGUGGGAACUUCCUACAUAGUUUCAAUAUCCCGAUGCAACUUCGUAUCUAUAGCAUUGAAGAUAGAACACGGGUUCCCACAAAGUUCCGAUACCCAUUUUAUUAUGAGAUGUGCUGGUACGUAUUGGAACGAUAUGUUUACUGUAUGACCAGAAGAUCUCAUCUCACCAAGGACUACCAGAGGGAGUCGUUAAGUAUAGAUUUGAGCUAAAUGGUCGAAGAAGACCAGAAACGCCAUCAUCCUCUUCGUCUUCAUCUUCAAAUUCUUCUUCGCCCUCCUCAUCAGAGUAUGAUGACUCGUCAGAUCAGGACUG